AUGAAUGACAAUGAGCCGAAGAAAUGCAUACUUAACGCCAAACCACCACAACAUCUGCGACCGGAACUACUCGUUCAACCAAAGACACCACUGUUUCGGCUUCUCGUCGCUCUUGGAUUACAACGGAUCCGGUCUUUUCGACGCCAACACCGCCGCCAAANAUUUGAUAAGACAUUGUCUGCGAAGACACAAAUUGGUGUCGAGUGGAGUCCAUGUGAUCCUAAUAUCUUCCUCUAUGGACAGAACAAUCAAAUAGUGGGAUGCGAUACAAGAGCUGAUGGCUCAUGCAUUAAGAUCAUUGACACCAAACAUAAUGAUAAUCAAUAUAAAUGGGAAAUGUUUUACAAAUUUUUGCCGUCAAAACUCAAUCCAUACCAACUGUUUGUGGCCACAGAUUAUCAUUUGUUUAUCACUGAUUGUAGAUAUCCUCAGAUGAAUUUAAUCCAAUUGAGACAUAUGUUGCCGAAGAUAGUGAUACAAAAUCUCAAGAGUCUAGUCGUUGAUAAUGAGGCCGCAAAGAGUGAGAUUGUGGUCACGUCUGACAUCAGACACAACUGUUUGAUGUCAUUUAAAUCAGUGGCAGAGCUGACGGCCCUCUCGUCCCUUCACCUGCCAUUACACACAUCCACUCCACACGAUAUCGACACUCAAUUCAAUGACUAUUUCUAUCGAGGGAUACAACUCUUGGAUAGCGGCGACAAAUCGGGCUUUUCUUUGGCACUAUUGACACAAAUGGGCGAUAUUUUUAUGCAAGACUUCUAUUGGGACUGUUUUGACGACACGAACGGCAAACUCAACGAUGGAAAGCCUCGGGACAGGACCUGUGCCUCAGGCGUCGGAUCCAAUGAACUGACACUUAGUAAAGAAAGUGAAGAAUAUAUGCAAACUAUUAGAGAAUUCAUAUAUAAUUUGCAGUUCAAUAAAGCUUUCGAUUCGGAAGAGCAUAAUCAAUGUCUGGUGUGUUUCGACAAAAGGGUUUGCAAAAUACAGGGCAAUGAGUGUCAGUGCAGAGGUUUGAUACCCAUUGCCACCGAAGAUGAGAGUAUGAGUGAAGAAGUAAUACCCAAAGAAGUCUAUAUCGACACCAAUCUUCGCUCGUAUUGUGUAAUACAGUGUUAUAACUAUAAUCACAAUCACAUCAUCUCUCUGUCUGUCUUCGGCUAUGAUUACCACAAUUGUUGGCUCAUUAUUGUUGGCAUCCGUUCAGUGAUGAGGAGGGUAUGGCUGAGUGGAGGCCCCGAUGCGAUCCGUGCG